AUGACUAGAUCUACCACUUCGCCUCGAGAUUCGCAACAGAACCCUUCCGCAGCUUCGUCCCAAUCCAUCCCCUUACAGGAUCUUGCAAGACAGCAACGUCAACAUGAUGGCCAGUCGCAAGGCGAGGGACAGAGGGGAUCUGCGGGUCGCAAUCUGGGUGUUUCGACGUAUUGGGAUGGCUACCAGCAGCAUCAUCAGAAUGCCGACCUGAGCCCGAGUCCUGGCGUUUCGCCUAUAGAUGCUGCUGCUCUUCAGUUCGCCUUACCUCCGGGAAUCGAACCUUCGGCCCCGGCCUUGCCUCGAGAUACUUCGACACCCGCUCAGCGAUAUACCCCCGAGACUCCCUACUACGAUGAAACGGCUCACGUAGACUACUUUGAAUCCGAUAGUUCCCCCCUAACGUCUGCUGCGCAGCCGAUCGCCGGUGCUUUGCCCACCCUGCAAGUUGACACGCAACCGAGAGAUAGCUUCCAGACGGUCUCUGAUAUAGACAAUUCACGCUCGCCACAACGCUCUCCCCGGAUGUUGGGGUUUGAUUUGGAGAAUGCAUUUCCUUCGAAGCACCGCAGCUACGGCAGUUCUCUCGCGCCAAAUGACAAUCGGACCUCGCGAAUGCCAAGCACGGCCGAUGCCCUAUAUAGAGCUGGGUCAAUUGUUAGGGCCAUGUCCCAGCGUGUUGUUAAUAUCAGUAAUGAAGGGGAAACUUUUGAGCAACAGCAACAAAGACGGCAGAGAUCAAGAUCACCUAGUGCAGAUGGCCGAGCGUCGCCAAGUCAUUUGUCCACUCAACUAGGUGUUGACACAUCAUACCCUUCUCAAGUCUACUCGAAUACUGAGAAGAGUGGCGAGCCCGGGUGGACUACGUCGGAAACUCCUUUGCCUCCUCGGCGUGAAGGGCCAAUGCCGAACCCUUUGAAAGGACGUUCUCUAGGCAUUUUUGGGCCCGAUAAUGUCAUUAGGAGGAAGCUCUGCGAUAUACUGGUGAAUCCAUACAUGGAACCCUUCCUCCUCCUCCUGAUUGUGCUCCAAGCCAUCUUGCUUGCUGUCGAGGCUGCAAACAAUGUCUAUCUUCCCGGAAAUGAGCGCCCCCCUCUCUGGGACCCCUCUUCAAGCACGAACUGGGCCCUUCUUAUCCUCUUCAUAAUAUUCACCCUCGAGACGAUAGCUCGGAUAAUUGUAUCUGGCUUUAUACUAAAUGCUGAAGAGUACAGCACCAUUGACCGAAAGAAAGGAAUUCGUGCGGCUAUAUCGGACCAGUAUAAUGCUGUUUUUCGGCCCCAACGUCAGAAAUCUGUGAAAACUCCUCGAGAGCCGGCUUAUGGGCCUUCUACAUUUGCUCGAUCCUUCACUAUGAUGCAUAGCAGUAUGCCCGAGACAAUCGAGGAACAGCAAAGGAUGCAACUAGCUCGCCGAGCUUUCUUGAGGCACGGGUUUAACAGAUUGGAUUUUAUUGCGGUCGUGUCCUUCUGGAUAGCUUUCGUCCUCAGCAUCACGGGCAUCGAAACGCAGAAGCAUUUAUUUAUCUUUCGCAUGUUGAGCUGUCUUCGAAUUGUUCGACUACUCGCACUUACAAACGGAACAGCGAUUAUACUGCGAAGUUUGAAGAAGGCUGCACCACUUCUUCUUCGGGUUUCCUUCCUUCUAGGCUUUUUCUGGCUCUUAUUUGCCAUCAUCGGCGUGCAAAGCUUUAAAGCAAGUCUAAACCGACAGUGUGUCUGGCUGGAUCCUUCACAGCCCGAUAAUAUGUCCCUGUCGUAUACAAAUGAUAUGCAAUUCUGUGGCGGGUAUCUCGAUGAAAAUGGCACAGAACGACCUUGGGUUAGAAGCUCGAUUCCGGGCACAUUGCAGGAUCUCGAAAGUCCGUCCCGUACUCCUAAGGGUUAUAUAUGCCCCCGGCAUUCCAUUUGUCUCGAGCAAUCAAGUCCAUUCAACGACACUGUCAACUUCAACAAUAUCCAUCACUCGUUGGAGUUAGUUUUUGUAAUCAUGAGUGCCAAUACAUGGUCAGAUCUUAUGUACUACACCACCUAUUCCGAGUUCCUCCCGGCAGCUCUUUUUUUCGGCGCUGGUAUUAUGAUCAUGAUGCUGUGGCUUACCAAUUUACUCAUUGCUGUGAUCACCUCAUCGUUCCAGGUUAUCCGAGAAGAGAGCAAGGCCAGCGCUUUCACAGCGGACGAUAACUUUCAAAUUUCCGAUUCCCAGGAAGAGUUGCGUAGGAUCUCAACAUUCGAGAAGAUAUACAAUAAGACACGGCUGUUUUGGGUGUUCCUCAUCGCGGAAGAGCUUUUUGCUCAGGGUUGGCGAAGUUCGGAUAUGAGACCCACGCAAGCACAUUUUAUCCAAGCAAAUAGCAUCUUAGUGACGGCUCUCCUAGAUGUCGAAAUCGUCAUUAGAAUCGCGGCUAAUUGGAGAGCCUUUCCUCGGAGCUACCAAAACCUAUUCGACCUCUUUCUAGCGUUUGCAAAUACGAUAAUAAUCAUCCCCCAUAUCGUAGAAAGCGGUCAAACAUACAUGUGGCUCACGAUAUUCCAAAUCCUACGAUCCUAUCGUGUGGUUAUGGCCCUACCGCUCACUAGGAAAUUGAUCCUCUUGGUCCUCGGAAACGCUACGGGUAUCGCAAACCUUAUGAUGUUCGUGUUCCUGAUCACCUUUAUAAUGGCCAUUUUCGCUGUCCAACUUUUUCGUGGAGAGAUGCCAUUAUAUGACGACGGUGGUGAGCUGGUCAGAAUAUCGUUCUACAAUAUUUUCAAUUCAUUCCUCGGCAUGUAUCAAAUUCUAUCAAGUGAGAACUGGACAGAUAUUCUUUACGAUGUAACGUCGUACACCACCCAGUACAACACGUCCUGGUAUGGCGCAAUGUUCCUUAUCGGCUGGUUCAUCCUCGCAUUUUUCAUUAUCGUUAAUAUGUUCAUUGCUGUCAUUCAAGAGAAUUUUGACGUGUCGGAAGAUGAGAAGCGGCUGGAGCAAGUUAAGGCAUUUUUGCAACGCAAGGAACUGGGCAGCAAUGCAACCACUAAUAUUACGCUCUCGGAUAUUUUCACCUUGGGGAAGUCCAAGCAAAGAGAUCCGUUGGACUACGGCCCAGCGACCAUGGAGAUGCUGUUGAAAGAUGCCGUCGUCCGAGAAUUCCUUGACGAUUCGCUGGCCCCAUUAAACCAGGAAUCUAGCAGUAGUUCUACUCCACAAGAAGGGGUCGCUGGUGAGGGUAUUCGGCCUGGCUUUAUGUCUUCCAUUUGGGGCCGGAUUCGUGGUCUAUUUACUAGCAAGGAGCCGAAUCCGUUCUAUUCUAACAUCCGGUUUAACCUUCCUAACGACGCCCUCGAUCCACGGCAGAUGGCUCGUCAAGCUGUGUCUGCCACUGCCGAACGCCGUAAAGCUCAACGCGAGUAUCUUGCCCGUCAUCCUACGUAUAAUAAUUCGCUUUUCAUCUUCACGCCACAAAACCCUAUUCGCCGGCUUUGCCAACGACUCGUUGGGCCAGGAAGAGGUAACGAGCGCUUUGAUGGCGUGGAACCAAACAAGUUUGCCUUGUAUGGAUUUACGGUGUUCAUCUAUGCUGCUAUCAUCGCCAUGGUGUUACUAGCUUGCAUUACUACACCGCUGUAUCAAAAAGAAUAUCUCCAAGUACAUGGGGGAGAAAACCGAUACAAGAGUUGGUUUGUCUGGGUCGACCUGGGCUUCGCAAUAGUUUUCUCGGUGGAGGCAGCAAUCAAAAUCAUUGCAGAUGGUUGGUUCUUCACGCCCAAUGCCUACUAUAGGAGUUCAUGGGGCAUCAUAGAUGGCGUGGUUCUUAUCACACUGUGGAUUAAUGUGCUUACCCUCCUAUUCCAUGACGGGGACGUCUCUAGGGUUAUCGGCGCUUUCAAAGCAUUGCGGGCACUUCGUCUACUUAACAUUAGCAACAGUGCAAGAGACACCUUUCAUUCCCUAAUAAUAGUAGCUGGGUGGAAGAUUAUCAGUGCUGCGCUGGUCUCCUUGUCUCUCUUAAUUCCAUUUGCCAUAUAUGCCUUGAACUUGUUCAAUGGACAACUGUUGGAAUGCAAUGACGGUGACGAUAUUACGCACCUAUCUGACUGCUUUGGCGAAUUUGAAACUGCGCCGGCUAGUCCGAACUGGACAAUACUCGCCCCUCGCGUUGCAGAUAAUCCUUAUUUUAAAUUCGACGACUUCGCUUCCUCAUUAUUUAUUCUCUUCCAAAUCGUCUCGCAAGAGGGUUGGGUCGACGUAUCAUUUGCUACUCAGGCAAUUACUGGCCGUGGCUUUCAACCGCAAGCAAUGUCAGCUCAGGGUUAUGGGAUGUUCUUCGUAGUUUUCAACCUCCUAAGCACAGUAUUCGUGCUGACCCUGUUCAUCUCUGUCUUCAUGCGAAACUACACUGAGCAGACCGGUGUCGCCUUCUUAACGGCUGAACAGAGAUCGUGGCUUGAAUUGAGGAAGCUUCUACGUCAAAUCUCACCGUCGAGAAGUUCCUACAACGACUCGGAGAAUAAUAAAUGGAAGAAAUGGUGUCAUAAGCGAGCAAUCGAGAAGCGAGGCAAGUGGUAUACGGCGAUCACCGUGGUGUUAGUCCUCCACUUGAUCUUGUUGAUGUUGGAAUAUUACCCCGAACCAGAACAAUGGUCUAUCACGAGAGACGCCAUAUUCCUACUAUUCACGCUAUUCUAUAUGGCUAACAUCGCUAUCCGCAUCGUUGGUCUUGGCUGGAAGCGGUUCAGAAGAAGUUCAUGGGAUGUCUACUCACUGAUAUGCGUGUCCGGUUCUCUUGUAACUUCCGCUCUACUAAUUGCCAAUUAUGGGAAUCAGACUUUCACUCAGAUCCACAAAUACUUCCUCGUCAGCAUCGUCCUCCUUCUCAUCCCUAGGAAUGAUGCGCUUGAUCAGCUUUUCAAGACAGCGGCGGCAAGUCUUACAACCAUUUUCAAUCUACUUGCCACGUGGCUGGUAUUCUUCCUAGUGUUUGCAAUAGCAUUAACGCAGACUUUCAGCCUGACCCGCUUUGGGGAGAAUGAAGACAUCAACAUCAACUUUAGAACUGUCCCUAACGCUCUUUUACUGCUCUUCCGUAUGAGCGUGGGUGAAGGUUGGAACCAGAUUAUGGAAGACUACGCCAAUAUCAUGCCGCCGCUCUGCGUCAACAGUAGCGAAUUCCUUGACAGCGAUUGCGGUAGCACUAAUUGGGCUAGAUUUCUAUUCAUCGCUUGGAAUCUCAUUAGCAUGUAUAUUUUUGUCAACCUCUUCAUCUCGCUCAUAUACGAGAGUUUCAGUUAUGUCUAUCAGCGCUCAAGCGGCAUGGCGCACCUUGACAGAGAUGAAAUACGGAGAUUUAAAGAGGCAUGGCGCAGUGUCGACCCUGCUGGGUCAGGCUUCAUCAGUAAGGAAGCAUUUCCAAGAUUAUUAGGGGAGCUCUCUGGUAUUUUUGAAAUGCGGAUAUACGAUUCCGGAGAUUCAGUUCAGCAGAUUUUAGAAGACGUUCGCAACGAUAAGAAGCAUAUGAGGCAUUCGUCAAUCGCUACUACCAGUAAUGGAGGUGAGGGGGUGGACAUUAAGAGGCUGAACGAGAGGCUCUCGAGGAUCGAUGUUCGGAAAGUACAAGAAAGGCGCCGCCGAUUUAAUAUCUUUUAUGAGGAAGUGAUGGUUUCUGCGGACCCUGUCCAAGGAAUAUCAUUCACAACAGUCCUGAUGAUUAUGGCGCAUUAUAAGAUUAUCAGUGACAGCAAGAGUUUAAGGUAA